GCAACUGAUGGCAGCAGGAUCAAUAGAAAGCAGCAACAGCAGUUCCUAGUAAAGAAGAGGAGAGAGUGAGACCUCAGACGGGGAGGCGUGAAUGAGGGAACCGAAGGAAGCGACAGCGCCCGCAGGUAAUAGGUGGGGUGGUUUGCGAGAUCAUGGACAGCUUGCAAGGGAGAAAGAGAGGGAGAGGGAGAGAGAGAGAGAGUUGCUCCAGUCGAAGAAGCAGUCCCAUAGUCGAGAUGAGAGUGCAUCACAGUACUCCGUAACCAUACCUACUUCAGUCUUCCGUGGAGGGCCCGGGUAAUGAAGGGGAAUAGUGCCAUCUGUAGUGCAGCCGCUGCCCGAGGUGCCCCUCCACCCAGUGCAGUGCAAGCCCAGCCAGGAUCCAGGCACUCCAGGCCGUGCCAGCCCAGACUCAGAGCGAGGGCGAGCCCGAGCCCGUGUGGAUGCGAGUGCAGGUGGUAUUCGGGACCUGCUGCACAGUCGAUAUUCUCCUCCGGGGGCGCUAGUCUUAGAUCGAGCUGCGCGUCACAACUGGUGCGUGAGGUGGUAGUCGCUCGGGGGCCAAGCCGCGAGUUCCACUGUCUUCCGGACGUAGCAGAGACGAAUAACGAACGAUUAGAGAUACUCGAUCGGGACACUUCGAGGUGUGGGUAUAAGGUGGAGAUAAACACACCCGCGCAAACAAGUUCAUCGUCGUCCGUGCCUUUUUUUUUUCUUCUUUUUUUUUUCUUUUUUCUUUUUCGCUCUCCGCCCUUGUCGGGUACGGAUGCUCUUUACACAGUCGUGACAGUAAAGACUUUGAGGUGAGCAAGGAACCGCCAGGCAUAUGCCAUGUCUGCUUUGCUUCGUGUGACUUCAACCCUCAUUUACUGUUGGACCAACACGAGACUGCCAUUGGAUA